UGGAGUAUAACAUUUCAAGUAUAUAUAUUAUCAUAUAUACAUAGAGAGAAUUUAGUUGAUUUGGAUUAUUGAUUGCUACUACUAAUUAAUUAAAUAUUAUUGAAAUGGGUUUUUCAGUGUUGGUGUUGUUUGUGUUGUUGGGUUUAAGUUGUAAGGGAUUAUUAUUGGUUAAAAGCCAAAAAAGUGAUAGUAAUUUUGAUGAAAAUUAUAAAGUUACGUGGGGUUUUGAUCAUGUUUUGUCUUUGAAUCAAGGAACACAAAUUCAGCUCUCAAUGGAUAAAUCUUCCGGGGCUGGAUUUGCAUCCAAACAAAGCUACUCUUCUGGAUUCAUUAAUUUAAGGACCAAAUUGCCUGACAGAGAUUCAGCUGGGGUUGUCACAGCUUUCUAUUUAAGUUCAGAUGGUGAUAAACAUGAUGAAUUGGACUUUGAGUUUUUGGGAAACAGAGAAGGGAAGGCAGUGACUUUACAAACCAAUGUAUUUGCAAAUGGACAAGGCAAUCGUGAACAAAGAACUCUCUUGUGGUUUGAUCCCUCUAAUGAUUUCCACACUUAUUCCAUUCUUUGGAACCCUUACCAAAUUGUAUUUUUUGUGGACGAUACACCAAUUAGGGUGUUCAAGAACAACACAAAAAAAGGAGUAAAUUACCCAACAAAGCCCAUGAAAAUCCAAGUGAGUUUAUGGAAUGGAGAAGAUUGGGCCACAGAUGGAGGCAAGACCAAGACUAAUUGGGCCUAUGCCCCAUUCAAAGCCCAUUUUCAGGGGUUCCACGUUGAUGGGUGUUCAAGUGUUAAUUCAGAUUGUAAUUCUGAAAAUAAGUAUUUUUGGAACACGAAAAAAUAUCAGAGUUUGGAUUCGAAUCAAAUUAGAGCUUAUGAAAAAGUGAGAAAGAAUUAUAUGAACUAUGAUUAUUGCUCUGAUAGGUCUAGAUAUCCCACUCCUCCACCUGAGUGCCUUGAUAAACCAUAGUUUAAUCUCUUUGUUUAUUCAAUAACUAUAUUUUACAACAUAUGAAAAGAAAAUCCAAUUUAAAUAUUAGUGGAAAUAAACUUACUUAUCCUAA